UCAUCGCGAUCGAGCACGUCGUCGUCGAAGUGUCGGGUGGCAUUCCCAGAUUUCAGCGGUCUAACAGCCAAAGAUCUCGGUCUGAUAAGGCAAAAGCGAUCGAGUUUCGCAUCGCUUCAGAACGCCGAACCGAGCGGCAUCUCGAGUUCGGCAAAUAUCUCAUCAGUACACAGCAACGAUAACAUCAACACUGACCAUAAUGCAAAUACUAAUAACAAAGACACAACAACAUCGCCAGUCACCAUCAACACAGUCAAAUUGAAGCAUCGUAAAGCCGUGAAUCAUAUCAUUAAUAUUGCUAAUAAAGAUGAUACUAGCAACACGAGUAAUAAUGCAGAGGUAUUUUUAUUAUUAUUGAUGUUGUUAUUUUAA